AUGUAUCGUUCUUAUCCGAAUGUUUUGCCUGUUGCAAAUAAAUAUCUUGGACAUAAACUCUUACUCAAAACUCAAGCAGAUCAUGAAAAUCAUGUAAAAGAACAUGAAUUAUCAAUGAUUAAACAAGAAAAUGAACGUCUUCGUAGAAGAAUGAGAAGAACUGAAUCACUUGUUGAUACUCACAAUAAUUAUGUUCUUCAUAGUUUGAAUAUUGCACAACGACAACGUGAAAAAAUUCAACAUGAAAAUGAAUUUCAUCGUCUUCAAAAACAAAUAAGUCAAGUUCGACCAAGUUAUCCAGCAACACGAUUUCAACAAGAUUAUGCAAAAAAACAAGAUGUUAAAAAACGAUUGAGUAGAUUUCCAUCGAAUGAUAAAUAA